CUGUAUACAACUUCAAUCCAUUGUAGACAAGAGAAGAGUAAAGAGAGAGAAGACAUAUACAGUACACAUACUUCAAAGGAGUAUAUAGUAUAUAGUAGUAGUUGUUAUUGCCUCUCCCCACUUCCUUUUGCUGUCACUUUUCAGCAUCAUUCAUUACCUCAAAAUUUCCGACCUUAGCUAUUUCUACCAUUAUACAUACAUAUUUUGAACGUAUAUACUCUUUUUUGGAGUUACUAAGUACAUGUAUUUUUCAUAAUAAGAGCUUGUGAUGUUAGGUAAUAUGAAUGAAUGAGGUUCAAAUGCAAAUUUGGUGGGCAUUUUCUGCUGAAUUAUGAGAAGAAAAUUAUGGGUUUUGUAUUUGGAGUUUUCCUGAGUUGAAUUCUGGUAGUUUAAAGCUUGUAAUUUGGAUCUUUCUUGUGUAAAGACUGGAUUUUUAUUUAAGAUUUUAAGUUGGUAUUUGAUGAAGCUGAAAGCUUUUGUACUCUGUAGUGAAACAGGUUUUGGUUGAUAUUUCACUCGCUGUAAUUCACUAGCGUUGAGUUUUGUCUUGGGUUGAAUGGGAUAAAGUUGAAGCUAUUUUUGGAUGUUUUGAGUACAAGAAUUUUCUUUAUUUGUGCUGUGGAUUUAGCUUUUCUUAGGUCCUUUUUUAUUUGUGGUGGCUUCAAAUUAAGUAGAAUAAGGAUUGAAGCUGCAGAAAUGAGGCUUUCUUCUGCUGGUUCCAAUCAGCAGUCUCCUGAAGGGGAGAAUAAAUGUUUGAAUUCUGAGCUUUGGCACGCAUGCGCGGGACCUCUUGUUUCCCUACCAGCUGUUGGAAGCAGAGUGGUGUAUUUCCCCCAAGGGCAUAGUGAGCAGGUUACUGCAUCAACAAACAAGGAAGCUGAGGCUCAUAUUCCGAAUUACCCAAGCCUGGCCCCACAACUUAUUUGCCAGCUUCACAAUGUGACCAUGCACGCUGAUGUGGAGACUGAUGAGGUUUACGCUCAAAUGACCUUGCAACCUUUGAGCCCUGAAGAGCAAAAGGAGGCAUCUUUCCUUCCUUUAGAUUUGGGUACCCCGAGUAAACAGCCAACAAAUUACUUCUGUAAAACAUUGACAGCAAGUGACACAAGUACUCAUGGUGGAUUUUCAGUACCUCGCCGUGCAGCAGAGAAAGUUUUUCCUCCAUUGGACUUCUCUCAGCAGCCUCCUGUACAAGAGUUGAUCGCUAGGGAUCUGCAUGACAAUGAGUGGAAAUUUAGACAUAUUUUCAGGGGUCAGCCGAAGAGGCAUCUUCUUACAACUGGUUGGAGUGUGUUUGUAAGUGCAAAAAGACUUGUUGCUGGUGAUUCAAUCAUUUUCAUCUGGAAUGAGAAGAAUCAAUUAUUUCUUGGUAUUCGACGUGCCAAUCGGUCCCAAACUGUGAUGCCGUCUUCAGUUUUAUCAAGUGACAGCAUGCAUUUGGGUCUUUUGGCUGCUGCAGCUCAUGCAGCAGCAACUAAUAGCAGAUUCACCAUUUUUUAUAAUCCGAGGUCUUGUCCUUCAGACUUUGUUGUACCUCUUGCCAAGUAUGUCAAAGCAGUGUAUCAUACUCGCAUUUCUGUAGGCAUGCGCUUCAGAAUGUUAUUUGAAACUGAAGAAUCUAGUGUUCGUCGUUACAUGGGCACUAUAACUGGCAUAGGUGAUUUGGAUCCUGUUCGUUGGCCAAACUCACAUUGGCGUUCAGUUAAGGUUGGCUGGGACGAGUCUACAGCUGGGGAAAGGCAACCAAGAGUUUCCCUAUGGGAAGUCGAACCUUUAACAACAUUCCCUAUGUAUCCAUCGCCAUUUCCUCUGAGACUCAAGCGAUCAUGGCCUCCUGGAUUCCCGGCAUUAAGUGGGAUGAAGGAUGAUGACAUGGUAAUGAAUCCUAUGAUGUGGCUCCGUGAUGUUGGAGAUGGUGGAACCCAAUCUAUCAAUUUUCAGGGAAUUGGAGUCACACCUUGGAUGCAACCCAGAAUUGACGUCCCAAUAGGUGGAAUGCAAAUGGAUAUUUAUCAAGCUAUGGCUGCUGGUGCCCUUCAAGAUUUGAGGUCUGUGGAUCCCUCUAAACAGGCUCUCACUUCGCUUCUGCAACUUCAGCAAUCCAAUGGUGUCACCAACAACACUUCCGGACUACUAUAUCCACAGUUAUUUCAACAGUCUCAAGGCCAAACAGCGUUUCUGCCGAGCAUGGCACAGGGCCAGUCCCAAGUGCAACCUGUAUCGCAGCCUCAUAUUUUUCAGCAACAAAUGCUGCAUCAAAAUUCAUCCAACACUAUCCAUCAGCAGCAACAACAAUCUCCUCAGGAGCAGCAGCCUCCUCUGCAGCAACAGCAAGCAAUUAGACAGCUGGACUCGAGCUCUCAAUCACAACAGACAUCAUUGCAAGCAUUCUGUUCUACGCAACAGGAAAGCUUCACUGACACAAAUGUGAAUCAUUCCACCAACUCAAUUGUUAAUCCACUGCACAGCCUAUCGGGUGCAGUUACCCGGGAUGAACCAUCCCAGCUUGUCAGUGUUCCUAGAUCGAGCUCCUUACUAUCUCCUACCGGAUGGCCACCAAAGAGGGUGGCUGUCGAUCCUGUUCUUCCUUCUGCAUCUUCACAGCGUAUGUCACCCUACAUUGAUCAGUCGGGAACACCCAACAAAAAUGUAUCUCAAAAUGCUCUUUCUUUGCCAACGUUCCCAGGUAGGGACUGCCCCGUAGGUCAAGAAGGGAACAAUGAUCCCCACAAUCAUCUUUUGUUUGGGUUCAAUAUAGAUUCCCCAUCUCUUAUGCAGAGCGAUAUGCGAAGCCUUAGGGGAGUUGUUAGCGAUUGUGAGUCAACAAAUGUGCCCUUUGCUUCUUCCAACUACCUAAGUAAUGCGGGCAAUGAUUUUUCUCAAAAUCCAGUUAUGGCACUCUCUGGUUGCAUUAAUGUACCAGGUUUCACACAGACUUCUGAAAAUGCGGGACAAGAAAGCCCACAUAACACCUUUGUUAAGGUCUAUAAAUCAGGGUCCUUCGGAAGGUCAUUAGACAUCACCAAGUUUAGCAGCUACCAUGAGCUGCGAAGUGAGCUUGCACGGAUGUUUGGCCUUGAAGGCUUACUGGAGGAUCCUUUGAGAUCAGGCUGGCAGCUUGUAUUUGUUGACAGGGAGAAUGAUGUGCUUCUCCUCGGUGACGAUCCCUGGCCGGAGUUCGUCAACAGCGUAUGGUGUAUUAAAAUACUCUCACCUCACGACGUGCAGCAGAUGGGAAGACAAGGUCUCGAGCUUUUGAACUCAGUAUCCAUGUCUAGGUCAUCAAAUAAUAGCUGUGAUGACUUUGCAAAUCGCUCGGAAUCUAGGAAUAUGACCUCUGGCAUCAUGUCUGUUGCUACUCUCGACUACUAGAUAUCUCUUAACCUGUCAAGGUAUUCUGCUCCUUUUGUAAUAUUGGCAUUUCUUCAAACUUUUACUUAAUGAGAAGAAAUGCCUGAUUAAUUCUACCUUAUAACUUUGCUAGAAAGUUGCUUAUUGUAAUUAUUGUAACUAUCUUUCAAUUUCUAUUUCCAAGUCCUUAAUGUAUACUAAACUGAAAAUUUAGUAGGUAAUUUUAAGCUGUAAAAUAGCUGUGAAGAAUUCUUGAGGUUUUUGGUUUAUAAACAUCUACAUUUUGAUAGCA